UACAGACAGAGAGAGAGAGAGAAAGAGAGAGAAAAGGAAGGAAGAAAGAAAUGAAAGAAAGCCAUGAGUUCAUGACCCAACAAACAACCUUUAGAAUCAUGGAAGAUGGAGGUGGCCAGACAAUUCCAUAUGGCUUUCAAACACCCCAUGUGAUUUUCAUCUUGAUCACCAUCCCCUUCUUUCUAUCUUCAUCAACAUCAAGACACACUCAUACAUAAACUUGUUAGCCUGAUCUUCAUCCUUCCUACUUCAAUCUUUGUGCAAAUCUUCCUCUUACCAACUAGUACUUUCAUGUUUGUACAUUUACUCAUUUUGUUUUCUAUGUUUGUUCCCUCACUAUGGCAUUUCAGCUCUAGUCUUCGUCCUACUUUUGGUUCCUAAAUCCUUUCAUUCUUUACUUCUUCUCCUUUUAACUUUUUAAAGUCCAAAUAAAAGAGAUAAAUUAAGCGAAAAAAAAAAAAAAAGUUAUACUUUGCAGAAGAGAAAUGUGGGAGUCUGAGAGUGACGUGGGACCUGUCGGUGGUGGCCGGAGAGACCUCAGCAAUGGCUCUCUUGAUUCUUCCAAACAUGAUGGUCUCAAAAGCGAUGGUUUUGAACGCCGAGAUCAAUCUUGGUUCGUUUCUAGCGAUAUUGCCAGCGAUCUUCUCGUCAAAGUGGGUGACAUCAAUUUCCAUCUUCACAAGUAUCCUUUGCUUUCAAGAAGUGGAAAAAUGAAUAGAAUUAUAUAUGAAUCAUCAAGAGACAUAGAAGUGAAUCGAGUGGAGAUAGAUGAACUUCCCGGAGGAGCAGAAGCCUUCGAGCUUGCCGCAAAAUUUUGCUACGGCAUAGCAGUGGAUCUCACAGCCUCAAACAUCUCCGGCCUCCGUUGUGCCGCCGAGUACUUAGAAAUGACUGAAGACUUAGAAGAAGGCAACUUGAUAUUCAAAACUGAAGCUUUUCUAAGCUAUGUAGUUUUAUCUUCAUGGAGAGACUCAAUUGUAGUACUAAAAAGCUGUGAAAACCUCUCACCGUGGGCGGAAAACCUCCAAAUUGUUCGACGGUGUAGUGAAUCCAUUGCAUGGAAAGCUUGCGCAAAUCCAAGAGGGAUUAGAUGGGCAUAUACAGGAAGGCAGCCGAAAACAUCGAGUCCUAAAUGGAGCAAUAACAAUGACUCAAAAGACUCAAGUCCGAGCAGAAGCCAACCAGUGCCACCAGACUGGUGGUUUGAAGAUGUGGCAAUUCUCCGAAUUGAUCACUUUGUUAGAGUUAUCACUGCUAUCAAAGUUAAAGGCAUGCGAUACGAGCUCAUCGGUGCGGCGAUCAUGCAAUAUGCAUCGAAAUGGCUACCGGGACUUUGUAAAGAAGUAGGGAACCAUACCGGAAACUCAGAGGAUGCAUGGAGUGUUGUUACUGAAGGAUUGCAUUUGAUUGUUGCUGGAGGUGGGAGUGGAAACAAAGAUGAAAAUAGUGGGACACAAGUGAGAGAGCAAAGAAUGAUAAUUGAAAGUUUGAUAAGCAUAAUUCCGCCGCAAAAGGAUUGUGUAACUUGUGCUUUUCUGCUGAAACUUCUCCGGCUGGCGAACAUGCUGAAGGUGGCGCCGGCGUUGGUGACAGAGCUGGAGAAAAGAGUUGGCAUGUUAUUAGAGCAAGCAACGUUGCAUGAUUUGUUAAUACCUUCGUAUAAUAAAAGUGAGACUUUGUAUGAUGUUGAUCUUGUUCAGAGACUUUUGGAGCAUUUCUUGGUACAAGAACAGACUGAAAGUUCAAGUCCAGCAAGAGAAGGAGUAGGAGUAGGAGUAGGAGGAGCAGCAGGAGGAGGAGGACAUGGUUAUGAAUCAAAUAUAAAUUCAAGAGGGAUUAAUGGAACAAAUGCAAAGAUGAGAGUGGCAAGAUUGUUGGAUAGUUAUUUGACUGAGGUUUCAAGAGACAGGAAUUUAUCACUCACAAAGUUUCAGGUUUUGGCUGAGGCUUUGCCGGAGUCUGCAAGGACUUGUGAUGAUGGACUUUACCGUGCUGUUGAUUCUUAUCUCAAGGCUCACCCAAUGCUGUCAGAGCAUGAGAGAAAGAGACUAUGCAGAGUAAUGGACUGUCAAAAACUCUCCAUUGAUGCUUGCAUGCAUGCUGCCCAAAAUGAACGUCUCCCUCUCCGAGUUGUAGUGCAAGUUCUCUUCUCAGAACAAGUAAAGAUUAGUAAUGCCAUUGCAAACACUACACUCAAAGAAUCUGGUGACUCUCAUUACCAACCCAUGAUUUCAACCAGAAAACAACUCCUUGAAGGCACUCCACAGUCAUUCCAAGAAGGUUGGGCUGCUGCAAAGAAGGACAUUAACACUCUCAAGUUUGAGCUUGAGAGCAUGAAGGCUAAGUAUCUUGAGCUACAGAAUGACAUGGAUGUUUUGCAACGGCAGUUUGAGAAGAUAACUUCGUCGAAGCCGGCGAAACAGACGGCGUCGGCUUGGACGACAGGGUGGAAGAAGUUGAGCAAGCUUGCCAAGCCUGUUACUGGAGAUCAAGCUCAUGAUAUGGGAAGCCAAGCUGGUACUGCUGUUAAUGAGCAAACUAGGAAAGGGCCAAGGAGGUGGAGAAAUUCCAUUUCUUAAACUUUGAUUUUGAUCACUGUUUCUUUUUUGCUUUUUUAUUUUAAUCAGAAUAGACACUUGUUUUUGUUCUUUGAUCAUCAGUCAUGGUUUUGCAUUUUGU